CAGUAGUGGGGAACUUCGGUGGGGCAACACAGAAGGAACUCUUCGUGAGGGUAGCCUAGAGUGGGGGUUAUGAACGUUCGGCAGUCUUCGGUCCCCGACGCUAAGAGCGAAUAGAGAGUACGCCGAACUCGUGUGUCGUGUAGUCUGCCAUUACGUGCUAGUGAACGAUAUAUAAUAGUGCAGUGUUUGUUGUGUUGUUUGCCGGUAGCUGCAAACCAGGAAUUUAACAUACGUGUUACCUUACGUUUAUUUCGUCUUUCGUAUACAGACAGUGAUUGUGAUACAGAAACGCCAACAUGUUUGACGUCUUCGGAUCUGUUAAGGGGUUACUCAAAAUUGACUCUGUCUGUAUAGACAACAAUGUGUUCAGAUUGCAUUAUAAAGCUACGGUUAUUAUACUGAUAGCCUUUAGUCUUUUGGUUACGUCUAGACAAUACAUAGGAGACCCUAUAGAUUGUAUUGUGGAUGAGAUACCGCUGCAUGUGAUGGACACGUACUGCUGGAUUUACUCGACGUUCACUAUACCAAAUCGUGUUGGAAUCGUUGGGAAGGAUGUUGUCCAGCCUGGUGUUGCAUCCCACAUAGAAGGACAGGAUGAAGUAAAGUACCAUAAAUAUUACCAGUGGGUAUGCUUUGUGCUGUUCUUCCAAGCGAUACUUUUCUACGUGCCACGCUACCUGUGGAAGACCUGGGAAGGUGGUAGGAUCAAAAUGCUUGUAUUGGACUUGAAUUGCCCUGUGGUCAAUGAGGAUUGUAAGAUGGAUCGUAAGAAACUGCUGGUGGACUACUUCGCGACGAAUCUUCACACGCAAAAUUUCUAUGCAUUCCGAUUUUUCCUCUGUGAGGUUCUCAACUUUAUUAAUGUCGUAGGACAGAUAUAUUUCAUGGAUUUCUUCCUGGGUGGUGAAUUCACUACCUACGGCCCGGACGUUGUAAGAUUUACUGAGAUGGAACCCGAGGAGAGGGUUGAUCCUAUGUCUCGUGUCUUCCCUAAGGUAACAAAGUGUACCUUUCAUAAAUAUGGUGCUUCCGGUACAGUGCAGAAAUUCGACGGUCUCUGCGUAUUGCCGCUUAACAUCGUCAACGAGAAGAUCUACGUCUUCCUCUGGUUCUGGUUCAUCAUCCUCGCCAUCCUGAGCGGUUUGAGCCUGGCAUAUCGUGCUGCUGUGGUAGCAGGACCCAAGCUUCGUCUGGUACUUCUUCGGGCCCGAUCCCGCCUCUCGCCACAUGAACAGAUAAAAGCCAUCUCGGAUAAGUGUCAGAUCGGCGACUGGUUCGUCCUGUAUCAAUUGGGCAAGAAUAUCGACCCCCUCAUCUACAAGGAGCUGGUGGCGGACUUAGCGAAAAAGAUAGAAGGAAAGGAAAACGUCUAGAUCUUCGUUGGACUCACAAAAAUUAGCAGCAGCAUUGUCGAUCCUUGUUCAUAUUGGAUCGGUUCGAUUGGGGUCCCCAAACGAAGCUCAGGAUCUGAAUCUUAUGACGGAGAGAGAAGAGACCUCCUAGCAUCAUCCUUCAAUGUUAAAUUAAACGUUAUAAUUGACUUAUAGAAUAUUCUAUAUCGUCCCAUCCGUCCAUCCAUUCCACUAAAACUUUCUUUGUCUCCCAACAGAGGGUGUUCGACGGAGCACUUUCGACAAUCACAUGUUAGAUUUAAAGAGCAGUCCUGGGCCGAGAAUUCGGUAGACUCUAAUUGUGAUAAUCGAGGGACGUCCUUUCGUGCGAUUACUCUCCCUUGUAAACUCCGAAUAUACAUAGUUUUGUUUUUGUUUUCAAAAUACCUCUUUGUACAACGGCCGUUGCAGCAUGGAGUAGAAAAACGGAGACGUCGUCCCUCCAGUAGCAUAACCUUUAUCCUACCAAUUACUUCGCUAUUGCAGUAGUAGUAUAUAUCUUACAUAUAUACAUACAUAUAAAUAUAGUUUUAGUUAUACAAAAGGAAUAUACAUUUAUGUGUGUAUAUAUAUGUAUAUUCAUCUAUAUACAUAUAUACUUGUAUCAAAGCGUCAAGUAUUUUCAUUCCACGAGAAAAAAAGGGGGCCAAAUAGAAAGUGAAAGAGGAGAAAGAGUGCUCGCGCCAUUGCCUUAUGAUUUUUUGUAUUGCCCAUUGACUAUUGUUUCUCGUGGUUUUUUUUUUCCCCUUUAAUUUUCUCACUUCGUUUUUACCUUUGCCAUCAUUUUGGCGGGAGCCUUGAAAGCGUUCGUUGUCUCAGGCUACACGCCUAGUAUCAUAUGAUUUGUGCUUUUUAUGUCCUAGCCCUCGUAUCAUUGUUUUUCUUUUCUUUAUAUUGAAAACGAUGCUUCUCAAUAACCCGUUACUCAUUAACCGCCGGGCUUCCUGGUUUCUUUCUUGUCUUUUGCUUUCCUCUCCUCGCAUUUUAAUACAACCACGAUAAUAUUAUCAUUAAAUGCGCUAUCGCACAUAUUUCCACGCUAGUUAUUUACUUGCUAGUAAAACGAUAUAUGUAACUUGUAGAAAGAAAGAAAAAGACAAUACUAUAUAUAAAUAGUCAAUUGUACGUCACUCUUGAGAAACGAUGCUCAAGCUAAGACUGCCAAGAAAUCGAUGCACUCCGUUCGUCGAUAGUUUCCACGUUGCCCUUUAAUAAUUUACUUUUUGCGUUUGUAUCUCAAAAAUAAUUUCCUCUUAGUCUCCCUGUAAGUGCGAUUAGUUUAAAUUUAGCGGCGCUUACGCAACGCUCCUUUUCUCUUUUUAGUUUAACAAACUCGCCAGACUCGGAUUAUUUGUCUUACACGUGAUUUAAGUAUUUUUCAUUUAUUCUCCAGUGCUUUCCUUCACUCCUGACGAGUAGACGAGUACCACUUUUCUUUGACGUUCGCGACGAACGUGAGAAAGAAAGGAACGUGAAAAUCGUAAUUACUAGACUAGCGAAACGGAGCAAAUUUGAACACAGCAAGGUUGUUUCUUCACUAAUAUUUCGAGCACGGAGCAUAAGGGCGCAGCAUCUCAUGUUUGUGCUUUGCUCGAGAUGGGAGUAAUAAUAAAAAAUAAAAAGGAGAGCUACGGUAGACCAUAGGCGUAAAGAGAGAAGAAAAGUGCCUGCACAAUUAAUGCAAGAGAAUUCUCAGUUGAUUAUGAUAAAGCAAAAUGGCAUCUGUACCCGUGACGACAUAGCUCCUCAUGGUGGUACGAGCGACUAGCCUUUUACUUUGUAUUUACAUUAUUAUUGUUCUUAUUCUAUUUUUGUGCGCUCUUUUUUGCUCCUUUCGAUCUUCGUUCUUCCUCUACGCAGGAAAAUCGUCUGCGAAUCCUACGCGUACCGCCAAUCUAGAGAUAAGAUUCCGAUAGAUUAUAUUAUAAUUAACGGUUAUGACGAUUGUCCGGAUGAGUGGAGGGAACAGUGAUAGACGAUGACAAUAGCUUAUAAACGAUAUUGAAAUAUUGUAAGGAUAAAUUGCAAUAAUAAAGGAGAAUAUAUAUAUGUAGAUUAAAGAAAUAUAUAUAUAAUUAUUAUACAUACGCACAAUAUCUCCUGUGUAGGAAUUAAUUUUACAUAUGUAAUAUUAGUAAUGGUAUAUUAUAGAUUAGAAUAGUCGAUCACGAUGGCCGCAAUUCGUUGCUCCCAUGUGUUGCGCCGUGAACGUAUUAGUGGAAUCAAAUUUGCUGAUCGUUUUAAUAAACUGUCGAUUACGUUACUCGAGGAAUUAAUUAUCCUGGGCUUUGAGGAGAGAUUGAGAAAAAAAAUCAUCAUUCCAAAAGGACACAGAGACAUUUCACUAGAUUGGCCAGUGCCUCGGGGAGAAUGUGUUUUUUUUUUCUCUUUAAGAACAUUUUCUCCUGGUCACAAUAAUCUAUGAGAAUGGAUCUAUGAUCUGGGAUAGGAUCUACAACUAUACCGUACAGUGUCUGUAUAGGCCAGGUUAAGUAUGUCUCUCUUGGUUGUAAUAGGUACAAGUCAGUUUCACAAUAGGCAGACCCCAGGCGUGAGUAAAGUUUCCGCGAACGCCAUUUUGUCAUACCGAUAUUACGAAUCGAAUCGGUAUUCGUGAAUAAUGCUAGCUCACGGAACUGUAAACUGUGAAGUUUUCAUGGUUUAAGAAACCGGACCUUGAAUGCAUUCGCGGAUUUUUAUGCUUCUAGAACUUGACCGACGAGCCGUUUGGUUCCCAUGCGGCCAUUUUCUGCUUUCUUGAAAAAAAAUUUAAGCUUUUUUCAAUUUCGUGAUAACAUUACGGGCAUAUAUGUAUGCUUCGGAUUUCUUAUUCUCUUUGUUCUUAUACUAUUGUCUACGUCUACAAUGUUAGAACAAUAUAGGUACAGUCGCUGACAAAAAUAACAAAGCACUACUCCUCUAGUAAUUUCUUCAUAGGAUAAAGUGUACAGAUCAGCCGUUGCCGGAGAUUUCUUUAGUGACUAACGUAGGAGGGAAUAGAAUAAUAAAAGUGUUAAACAACAAUAAAAAAAAAUUAAGAAAUCUA